AUGAUAACUGAUACAAUUAGUGAUAUGUUGACCCGAAUUCGAAACGCAAAUUUAGUAUCUAAACCUACAGUAUUAAUUGCUAAUACCAAAAUAAAUCAAAAAAUUUGCGAAAUAUUACAACAAGAAGGCUUUAUAGCUGGUUUUUCCGUUUUAGAUAUAAACAAAAACGAAUUAAUCGUUAGUCUUAAAUAUAAGAAAACGGGGUUAAUAUCAAAUGGCUCUGCUGGUAAACCUUGUAUUACAAAUUUAAAAAGAAUUAGUAAACCCGGUUUACGAAUUUAUUCAAAUUAUAAAGAAAUUCCUAAAAUUUUAGGUGGGUUAGGAAUUAUUAUUAUUUCAACUUCAAAAGGAUUAAUGACAGAUAAAGAAGCUCGAAACUCUCACCUUGGUGGUGAAUUAGUUUGUUCUAUAUGGUAA